AUGGUCUCAGAGGCAUCAAACUAUUCGACAUCACCGAAUCACUCAUCAUCUCACGCAUCAAAUAAGCAGCUCCCUCCUGGUCCGGUUUUGCUGCACAACAAAAACUUCAGCAACUACAACCUCUCAUCAAAAAAACUAAAUCGCCUCAACUAUCUACCUGCAUCAUAUCCUACCGUCACUCAGAUAUCCAACAUACUCGAUUCAAGACUGUUCAAGAAACGCAAGCAUGACUAUCAAGUCGCCACUCAAUCAACAUAUCAGGAUAAGACCUUCAUCACGAGACACCUUAAAUAUAUUAGCACUCAAAACUUUACCAUUAACUCAUUCUAG